UUUCAUUAUAAGAAGUCACUGACCUUCAAAAGACAUGGAGGAAAACACUUUGGAUGAAAGAAUUUCAUGCAAAGAAUUGGAAUCAUCAUGCAGAAUAAAAAAGUGCAGUUGCUGUUUGAAGGAGUCUGUUACUUAUUUCUGUACCUACUGUGAGGAUAAUUUAUGUGAGGAAUGCAAGUUGCCCCAUCUUACUCAAAGUGCAAAGACUGACAAAGGCCACAAUGUUGUAUAUUACCGGGACAAGAACCAAGACAUUAUUCAAAGACGGUCAUGUGAAAUUCACAAAGACAUUCCAAGUACAGCCUAUUGUGAAAACUGCAACAAAUCUGUGUGCAAGGAAUGUGAAGGAGAAACAUGUAAAUCCCACAUGAUUUUUCAAAUAACAGAACUUCUGAAGACAAAAAUAAAUCAAAUUCUCAAAUCACGUGAAGAUCUUACUGUUUUACUACGUCAAAUAGAGGGAAAAUGCCUUUAUUUUCAAAACUGUGUGGGAAAUUUGGAGCGCAAUCACAGGAUAGUGAAAAAUGAAAUUUAUAAGUAUGUAGAUAAGCUAUGUAAUGUAGUGGAACAGUGGAAACGUGAAAUGUUGUCUCGUCUAAAUGGAGAAAAAAGACAGUCUAAGAUUCUGAUAAGAGAUUCUCUACGAAAGGCAAGACGAAAAUUUAAUGAAAUAGAUAGAAAAAUAAAAAAGAAAGGAAAAAUUCUUCUCGACAUUGAAGCCUACAUUGAAGCCUUACAUAAUCCUGAACUGUUACCUGAACCCGAGAACAUCGAGUGUCUCCCUGAAAAACCAGACCUAAAAAUUCCAAGAAUAAGUCUGUCCACUGCAGAUAUUAAUACUGAGUUCUUGUGUAACUUUGCGAACAUUACCGUGUCAACGACUAAUACCCUUGAAAUAAAUAGUUCUAACAUACAGAAGGUAGAAUCAAAACAUUUCAAGAAUAAGAUACAAGACAUGGUAUGCAGUACAGUUGGGGAUGCCUUAUUCGUUACAGAAAAAGGAAAAAGUAAGAUUUCAAAAAUCGAUCACGAUGGCAAGAUUCAGACCGAGUUUGGAACGAAAUGUGACGAGCCACUGUUUUCUGCUUAUUAUGCCGGAGGAGUAAUAUAUGGUAACCCCGAAAAUAAAACGAUUGAAAUGUCCACUUCCGAGUCCCGGGAUGAAGUAAAGACUAUUAUGUCUACAGGAAAAUGGUUUUCCAGAGGAAUUGCAAUUACACGCGAAAAGAUACACGUUUGCCUUCGUUUAUAUCCUGAAAAAAGUAAAGAAGGACGAGCAAAGGUGUCUACAUUUGAAGUACCUAAAAAUCUCUUUAAAUCUUUCAAGAAGGUGAAAAACAUUGAAUUCCAUGAAAGUCAGUCUCUCUUUCAUGAUCCAAGAUUCAUUGUGGAAAAUAAAAAUGGAGACUUGUGUGUAACGGACACAGCAAAGAAAUCUUUAAUCGUUGUUCAGAAAUCGGGAAAAUUUAGGUUUACGUACAAGAGAGAUCUUCCGAGCCACAAGUUUAACCCACAAAAUAUUUGUGCUGAUAGUGCAGGCUUGCUACUUUUACUAAACCUUUCUCAGUUAACAGCAAACAUUCAUAUCAUCAACCACGAUGGACAAUACAUCUGUCAUAUUGAGUCAGAAUAUUUGAACAGACCUACAGCCAUGUGCAUUGAUUGCUACGAUAGAUUGUGGUUAGCGGACAGAGUAAAUGACGAGACUAAAAUUCUUUGUGUACAGAAAAGUGAUGACAUUCUCAAGACAUUGGAAGAGUUCAAGAAUCCUUCAAUGAAAAAACAUAAAGACAAAUUACCAACCGCAGGAAGUAGAGCAGUUUUACAACGGUCACAAGCAUCAUCAUGUACAAUUUCUUAA